AACCGCACACCGUCCAAACACAGGAUACGACGCCGUUGCAUUUUGGUGCUUAUAGACGUUAUUUUCCCUCUAUAAUCGGCCGGCCACAAAGGGAGAGAGACCGAACCGAGUCAGUGACUCACUGAGUCUCCGUCAAUGGCUACACUUUCAGCUACUCAGCUGCUCCAUCUUCCGCUCCCUCUUCAAACUCAAAAAUCUCGCCAUGCCCAUUUCCCCUUUCAAUUCCUAAACCCUAACCGUAGGCUCUUCUCCUCCAACGACGUCGUAUCCAACUGUGGGCCAUUACAGGCCAUUCUCAACACUCCCCUUAUCGCCAACGACGCCGACUCCGAACAAGAACCCCUCACUCUCCGCCGCAUUUGCCAACCCCACGUGCCCGACCACGUGAUCAAAAGAAUGGAGGAAUUGGGGUUCGUUGUCCCGACGCCCGUACAGCGGCAGGCUCUGCCGACUCUGUUUUCCGGCCGCGACUGCAUACUUCACGCGCAGACAGGUUCUGGGAAGACGCUGACGUACCUGCUUUUGAUAUUUUCUGCUGUGAACACUCGGAGAUCGGCUGUUCAAGCUAUCGUUGUGGUUCCCACUAGGGAACUUGGGAUGCAAGUUACGAAGGUUGCUAGGACGUUGGCUGCGAAGCCUAAGGAAGGCGAAGUGGAGAAGAAAUCGUGUACUGUUAUGGCUCUUUUAGAUGGGGGAAUGUUGACCAGGCACAAGAGUUGGUUAAAGGCGGAGCCCCCUACUAUUGUGGUGGCAACAAUUGGGAGUUUGUGCCAAAUGCUUGAGAAGCAGAUGAUUAAGCUUGAAUCGAUGCGAGUGCUGGUAAUUGAUGAGGUUGACUUCAUGUUCAGUUCCAAACAAGUCGCUUCUCUUCGGAAGCUGUUGACAUCCUACUCUUCAAUCAAUACCCGACAGACUGUUUUUGCCAGUGCUUCCAUCCCUCAGCACAGACGAUUUUUACAUGACUGUAUACAGCAGAAAUGGACCAAGAGUGAUGCAAUUCAUGUCCAUGUCAAUCCAGUUCAGCCUAUGCCACCAUGUUUACAGCAUAGAUUUGUGAUAUGCCGUAAAAUCAGAAGGAAUGAGACCUUGCUGUCCUUAAUACAGUCAGACGCGCCACAGUCUGCUAUUAUUUUUGUUGGCGAGCAGUCUGAGAAGUCAAAGAAGGCUGGAAAUGCUCCAUCAACAACAGUUUUAAUUGAUUUCCUGAAGGCUUCAUACGAGGGAUAUUCAUACAUCCUCCUUUUGGAAGAAGACAUGAAUUUCAAUUCACGAGCAGCUUCUCUAUCGGAAGUCAGACAAGGAGGAAGCUAUCUUCUUGUGUCAACAGAUAUAGCAGCCAGAGGGGUUGACCUGCCAGACACUACUCAUAUAUACAACCUUGAUCUGCCAAGAACUGCUGUUGAUUAUCUUCAUCGAGCUGGAAGAACAGGUAGGAAACCGUUUUCAGACAAGAAAUGCUCCGUUACCAACAUUAUAAUGUCAGAGGAGCGGUUUGUUUUGCAAAAAUAUGAAAAUGAAUUGAUGUUUAACUGUGAAGAGUUAAUUGUAUAGAACCAGUGUAAGUCUUAGUCUGUGGCUCUAAGGAGUAGAUUAUGUAUCACUUUCCUUGCGGAAGGAAAACCACAAUGCAAUCACAAAUGCUUCAUAGCAUAACCACAUUUGCAUAUGCUUGUUCAGUCCUUUUUCCUUAUCUUCGGGUUUCAGGAAUAUAUAAAUCUUUGGACCAUAAGUGACCAUAAGUAAUACACUGUCUUAACGUUUGAUGGACAAGAUUGUCCUCUCAAACAACGAUGUGGAAAAUUGCAUAUGUCGUUUUCUGUACACGCAUACAUUUCAAAUGAAUCAUAACUCGUUCUCGAAAGUGGAUUGACAGAAUUAGGGUGCACGGGAGUUGUUACUUGAUUGUGUUAUUUUAGGAAGAAAGAAAUGGCAGAGUUGCUUAUAGCUGCUUAAUGUUUACAAAAUAACAAGGUUUAUACACAUCCGCAUCAUGACUGUCUUGCUCUACUGACAUGAGUAUAUAUGUUGAUUCCUAUUGCAUUUUCUCUUUUAGUUCCUUCCUGGUAUACCCAUAAACUAGAAGGACGGAUGGAUGUUUCAGAUCACAAGUCCAUCGACGAUGGUUGAAUUUUUCAAUAUGAUGGUUAUACCCGAGCGGAUGUAGAACCCUUCCGACGAUCUGUCAGCUUCCUGUACGCCCUGCAAUUUCAUGCAUAAACAAUGAGAACAAACUAGAAUAACGCGUGUUGGUGAUUGACAGUCGUUGAUUGUUAGAGGUAACUAAUAACAGCGGGCACGUCGUACCUCCGAGUUUGCAAUAACAACGUUCUUCCCGAUCCUCGCGUUUUUGUCGAUGAUGCAGUCUCUGCACAUGACAUCAAGAGCCAUGAUAAGCAAAUAAUUUUGUUGAACACUGUAAAACUCAUAAAAGACAGGGAGGUUUAAGCAGCUUGUACUUGAUUUUUGUAUUCUCUCCAAUUCCGACGGGAACUCUUCCUUCAGCUAACAGUGACACUCUCUCAGCAUCGGUUUCGUAGUAAUCAGCGCCGAGCAUUACUGUAUCCUGCGUGCGUUUUGACAACCUCCGUUUGAAUUACUCUUUUGUGUUGUUGCAUUAACAGGUUGAGAUUAAUAUUCUUCGGAAUUUAUGAGACAAACCUUCAGGUGAACAUUGGAGUUUAUUCGUGAUCUGAUACCGACAACGCUGUGCUCUAUGAAGCUGUCAGUUAAGAAACUUCCAUGUGAUACGAUGGAGUCAACAAUCUGGACAAGGAGGAGGCAUGUUUUAUAUUUGUACGUGUUUCAGGGAGAUUCAAGUGCAAAUGAAAGACAGCUGCCAACCUUGCUGUUGUCAAUCUUCGAUGGAGGUAAGUUUCUCCUUGAAGUAUACAUCGGCUUUGCUGCAUCGUAGAAACUAAACUUAUUUGGCUGAAAGGUACAAAAAAAUAAACGCGUGUUAGAUUCCAUCUGUGAAAGUAGAAGCUUCUUCUGCUAGACUGCUACAAUGGAAACAGCACACCAUUCGGAGGAUCAGCUUUGUACUUACAUGCUCGGUGAGGGCAAGGUUGGCCUCGAAGAAGGAUCGGAUGGUUCCAAUGUCUUCCCAGUAAUCAUGGAAGAGAUAAGCCUGCGCAGCGGUUUUACACAAAGAAACGUCAUGGAAUGCUGAGUGAACUCUCCAAGGCAGAGCCAAAAUACUAAGUGAAAACCAAAGGUUAGUGAGUUCAAAUUCACAUAUAAAAUUCUCAGAGAGAGAUUUGAUACCGACCUUUAUGAAGAACUCUUUAGCUGAGGCAGGGAUUAUCUCUGAUCCAAAGUCAUUUGCUGUCGGAAAACGCCAUCUGACUCGAACAGUUAGUGUAGUUUUCUCAAAUUUUUUUAACAUAGGGUGCUUGUUUGUCCGCUUAAAUGUGAAAUUUUAUUUAUAAAUCAUAAUUCAUAUAUGAUUAGCACCUUAAGAGAUUCAGAAGUAUCUCCUUCUUGAAGACAUACACUCCCAUGGAUGCAAUGUAUGGUUUCUUUAGAGCUUCCUCCACCGAAAGUCCCAAAACGGUCGUAUCUACUGCCUGCAGAUUGAUGUUUGUAGCAAAUUCAGCAUACAGACCAAAGUCUGAGGCUCGGCUAUAAGUGAAAGAGAGGAAAGUCCAAUAAGGUUGAUGAGCAAUAGUUGUAACUGAAAUCAGAGUUCAAAAGAGAUGUGUUGCGCAAGCGUACCUGUCAUCCAUUGGCAAACAAGAAAUGGUAAUAUCGGCGCCACUCUGCCUAUGAUUCUGCGGUGAAUUGAGAGAAAAAUGACCAAGAUCUCCAUGCAGCAUUGUUUCCUCCUACUAGCUUUUGGGUUUGUCAACGGUUCUCUGGCCAAGGUGAAGGUUGGGGUUUUAUAACUUGGGAAAGGAAAUUUCUCUGUGAAUUGUACAAACUGGGGUGCAUCUAUAGUAUCACUUUCAACCCCUGACAAAAAUGGAAAGCUGCCUGACAUUGUCCUAGGGUUCAAUUCAGUCAAGGAUUACAUGAACACUUCCUCUCCCUUCGGUGCAAUUGUUGGACGGGUUGCUAACAGGAUACAUGGUGCUGCAUUUACGAUGAAUGGAACCCGUUAUAAGCUAGUUCCAAAUGACGGCAACGACAUGGUUCAUGUUGGUCCAAGAGGAUUCAGUCGUGUUUUUUGGAAAGCGAAAAGAUAUGAACCAUAGUGCUAACCCUAGCAUCCAAUUCUCCAUCACAGCUUUGAUGGCGAAGAAGCAUUUCCGGUUGAUCUCCUUGUCACUGUGAUGUACAAACUCGUUCGAAACAACCAAAUGAUUGUAACAAGGAAAGCCACAGCUCUAAACAAGCCUACUCCAGUGAAUCUAGUCCACCAUGCCUUCUGGAACCUAAGUGGUUACAACAACAGCAACAUUUUACACCACUAUGUGCAGAUAUUCGGGUUCCAUGUCACACCAGUUAUUCAAACCGGUUUGUAUAAGAUCUCAAGGGAUGGGUUGUAUGUAUGGGUUGUUAUCCUCACUUUAGCUAAGUCAUAGGCUAACGUGAUGGUCUUAACCCUACUUUCAUGACUUCCCAUAACUUGUCAUUCACCUUACCUUUCUUUUGUCAACCUUUCUUAGAUACUUGUAAAAGCUUCUUUCCUUGUAAUUUGGUUUUGGCUUUUCUACUUGUUAGGGCAGAUUUUAGGGAUUGUGUUGGGGUAGUAAGCCUAUAAUCUCUUGUAGCUUUCUUUUUGGCUCUCUAUAAGAGUGGCCUUCACUCUCUUGUAAUCUUCAUAAUGAAAUAUACAACAAAUAUUGAAAC